AUGUCUCGCUCACAGUCCCAGGAUGAGUUGAUCAAACAGCUGCGCGAGCAGAUGAGUCAACAGCAGCAGCAGAUAGAGGUGUUACUGGCCAUAGUCCAACAGAAGAAGACGGUCAUCAGCACAAAGUUUGGAGAAUUUGACCCCUCUAUCGAGCUCUGGUCGGACUACUGGUCUAGAUUCGAAACCUUCACUAAGGCUAACGCUAUUCCAGUCGAUCGGCGUGCAGAAAUAUUCCUCACAAACCAGUCCAGUGUCGUCUACAAACUGCUGAUGAAUCUGGCCCAGCAACAGUUGCCACCAAGGGACAUAAACAGUCUGUCAAUGACGGAGAUAGCAGCCCACAUGACAGAUCAAUACAACUCUAAACGCUUCAUAGUGCGAGAACGGUUCAGGUUCUGGACCAAAACAGAGCGGAAGCCAGGGGAGACCGUCCACGAACUGGCAGCCCGAUUCAGGCAAGAAGCUGCCACGUGUGACUUUGCCUCCAUUAGUGACCCGCUGGAUGAAGCCAUGAGGAUUCGGUUCGUCUGCUCCAUCCACAAUAAGGCAACCAUUAAAGCCCUCUUUAAAGUUAAGGACGACGAGCUGACCUUUGCUCGUGCCAUCGAACUUGCAUCAGAGGCAGAGGAGGCUUCAAAGGUCGCAAAAGAGACAUUGUCUCAGGACACGGCCGUCCACAAAGUCGGGCAGUCUCAGAGACGAACGCCAGGAAAGCCGUCCUGGCCUAAGCAGCAGACAACACUUCAACACAAGCCUCAUCACGAGAAGAAAGGGCCGCAACAGAAACGCUGCACCAGAUGUGACGGAGCCCAUACACCUGAUAGCUGCCGUUUUGCCACUGCCACAUGCCGUUUUUGCAACAUCAAGGGCCACAUUGAAGCGGCAUGCCGAAAGAAGAAACGCCAGCGUGUCACGAUUGUGAAGGCGGUCAAGGCUUCAAGCAUGAAGCCCAUUACACAAGACUGCUUCAUAUCGGGGCAUCCGGUCCAGCUAGAGGUCGACACCGGCUCUAGAGAUAAUUUCAUCUCCUUGAGCACAUGGCGCCUGCUCAACAGCCCCAAGAUGGCACCAACAAGCAGCCAGUACCGGUGUGCCUCUGACCAAGACCUCCCUGUCCUCGGAGUCUUCACAGCUCCGACUACGCUGGCUAAGGACGACAAACCCAAACAACAAAAGUUCGUCGUCACCCGUCUGCAGCUGAACCUCCUCGGUCGAGAAUCAUUCAGAAGCCUAGGUCUAUCCCUGGACCAGCUCCUGUACAACAAAGUCAACAAGGUCUUCCAGGACAUCAAGCCAGAUACGUCCCUGCAGAGCUCCUGCCAGCAACUAUGUCAGGAGUUCCCAGACUUGUUCAAGAAAGAGCUGGGGACACUCAAGGACUUCGAGCUGGAGGUUCGAUUCAAGCCAGACGUCCAGUCAGUUUUUCACAAGCCUCGCCCAGUCCCUAUUGCUGUACAGGAAGAUCUGGAUAGUGCCAUUCAAGCCGGCAUCAACAGAGGUAUCUGGGAGCCAGUCCAGUUCAACUCAUAUGGUACGCCAGUGGUACCUAUCAAGAAGAAGUCUCCACAAGGUCAGAGCAGUAUCAGAGUCUGCGGUGACUACUCUGUCACUGUGAACCAGCAACUGGAGACACAUCGUCACCCGAUGCCACAGCCGGAGGAUCUCAUGCGGAGACUGGGUAGAGGCCACUGUUUCACGAAGAUUGACCUCGCUGACGCAUACAAUCAGAUCUGCCUUGGCCCAGAGUCGCAGAAGAAACUUGCCCUCAGCAGUCACAAAGGCGUCCUGCUACAGAAACGCCUGCCGUUUGGAAUAACCUCUGCUCCCGGUUAUUUCCAAGAAAUCAUGGACCAGUUAACUCAAGACCUGCCUGGUGUGGCCGUCUACCUGGACGACAUCCUUGUCAGCGGCAACAAUUCGGCGGAACACCUGCAGAAUCUCCGAGGCCUGCUCCAGCGUCUACAAGACAAGGAACUACGCUGCCGGUUGGAGAAGUGCUCCUUUGCUCAGCCUUUUGUAGAGUACCUGGGACACUACCUUUCCAAGAACGGUAUUGCUAAAGGUUCAAAAACAGAUGCCAUCAUGAAGAUGCCAGCACCUUCCAAUGUGUCCAGCUUGAGAUCUUUCUUAGGCCAAGUCCAGUUCUACAGCAAAUUCCUACCAAAACUGUCGACUAUCCUGGAACCGUUGUACCGUCAGACAAAGAAAGACACCCCAUGGCAGUGGGGUGCUCCUGAACAGACAGCUUUUCAACAUAUCAAAGACUGUCUGAGUGCUGACACCGUCCUGGCUCACUUCAACCCAGCGUUGGAGGUGGGAAUAUCCUGCGAUGCAUCAGACGUGGGAAUUGACUGUGUCUUGUUUCAUAUAUACAGCGAUGGCAGUGAGAGACCCAUUGCCAAUGUCUCAAAAACACUGACGCAGACCCAGAGAAGAUACAGCCAAAUCCAGAAGGAGACCCUGGCUAUCAUCUUUGGUCUCAACAAGUUUCACCAGUUCCUCUACGGUCGACGUUUCAUCCUGGUGACAGAUCACAAGCCGCUGAUUGCCCUCUUUGGAUCAACGAAGCCAAUUCCAGCUCUGGCAGCAAAUCGACUGGCCAGAUGGGCUCUCACUCUGAGCCAAUACGACUACUCCAUAGAGUAUCGCAAGACAUCAGCGCACGGCAACGCAGACGCCCUGAGUAGAUUGCCAGCGGGGGCGGAUCCAUCCUUUGACAGGGAGGAGACUGGUGCAGACUCAGCAACUAUCUGCACCAUAAAACUGAUCAGCAGCCAAAUCGCACCUGCAGACCCGAAGGUUUUAGAGAGAGAAACGUCCAAAGACCCUACUCUGACCAGGGUGAUCCAGCACCUGCAAGGCAACUGGCCGAAGAACCUCGGUGAUCAAAUUAAACCUUUCUACGUUCUUCGAGACUCUUUGUCUCUCGCGAAUGGCUGCAUUUUCUACGGCCACAGAGUGGUGAUCCCAAAGACUAUGCAACCCCAGGUCCUCCAGAUCCUGCACCUGGGGCAUUUCGGCAUGCAGAGAAUGAAACAGUUGGCCCGCACUGCUGUCUACUGGCCACGCAUUGAUGCCGAUAUUGAAGACGUCGCUCGACAUUGCACAGCUUGCAACGAGCACCAGAGGCUGCCCCUUAAGCAGCCGUCUCACCCAUGGAUCACCCCCAACGAACCUUGGAGCCACGUCCAUAUUGACCACGCCAUCAACUUCAGAGGUCACAACUGGCUGGUCAUGGUGGACGCAUUCUCCAAGUAUCCAUGCAUCCACCUCAUGUCCUCGAUAACAACCAAGGCGACCACCCGGAGACUCGACGAGGACUUUGCUCACUUUGGCUAUCCACACGCCAUUGUGACGGACAACGCCACCUGUUUCUCGUCAGCCGAGUUCCAGACCUGGUGUGAGCAGCGGGGCAUUCAACACCUGCACGGAGCCCCCUAUCAUCCGGAGACGAACGGAGCAGCAGAGAGACUGGUCCAGACUUUUAAGCAAUCUCUCAAGAAGUCUGACUUGCCUCCCGCCGACGCCCUUCAGGAGUUUCUCAUGCACUACCGCCGCACACCGCUGGCCAGUGGUAACAGUCCCAGUGAGCUCCUGAAUGGACGUCAGAUCCGUACGACGCUCGACGUCAUCAUCCCAUCGCAGAGGCAGACAACACCCCGAAUUCGAGAUGAGCCGGUGCCUGCUCGUCGUCUCAACAAAGACAGCCCAUGCUUCGCGCUUUCCUACAAAGGUGGGCGUAAGGACAGAUGGAAGCCAGCUGUGGUGACCGCCUUCCUGGGUCACAAACUUUACUAG